GUGUAGCGGACUAUAGCCCAUGGGGUUGCAGAGUCAGACAAGACUUAGGGACUAAAUGGCAGGAGCAGUGUGGCUAAUGGCUGCUGUAUUCGACAGCAAAGCUCCAGGUAGCAACACAGCAGGAAUAGAAAGACAGCCAUAUGAUGGAGCAAUCAAAUCCUGAAAACAGUCAGGGGAGCCUCACAGCAGAAGCCUGACCAGUCUCUCGCUUCAAUCUGGCAACAGGAAACACCAAACCGGUAUUCUGUGGGGUCUGAGAGCCAUGAGAAAUGUCUCACCUGGGAAAUGGUUGAAGGCUCCUGAUGAGAAAAUUGGGGGUCAAUCCCUUGGGUGUCGUAGGUGGAUCCCUAUGUGUUGCUCCAGAGAGGAGAACCGGGGCCAGGAUGAGGUCACCCCAGGAGGUCAGCUCUCUGGAUAGGAGGGAAGAAGCGGCAGGCCCCGGGCACUGGGAGAUAAGGACCCUGGUUCUGCUGCCGUGGGAGCUGUGAGUCCUAGCCGAGUCCCUUCCUUUCCCUGCUUGACAGACCCCAGGACCGGAGAAGGUGGGUUUGCUGGCCUGCGAGGGCUGUGCAGGUCUGCUCUAAGAAAAAAGCAGUUAGAGCAGACCCCGCGUGUCCCACCUUGUCCUGAGUGCCCCAGCACUGGAUGUGACCAACGGGGCACUGAUCGGUCCUCCAUCCAGGAAAUUCCUUGUGAGCAGGGCUGGGCCUCUGAGCCUCUCUUAUGGAAGACGAGCCCUGCUAGUCCUCUCUUGUCCAUCCUUUUCCAUCUCAAAGCCUCACCUGCUUUGCCCUCCCUCCUUCUAGCCCACCCUGUCUCUUCACACUCUCUCUUUCCUUCUGUGAACUUCCCUACCUUUGUUUCCCACUUAUCCCCCUCCCCGUUCUCCUCUUCUAGGAGGAUGUGGGUUGUUAUGAGUGGCCUGAAUCCUCACCCACUUGCUGGCUGUGGGGUUCUCUUGACCUGAUUAGGGAAGGGGGGCCUGUGUGCUGACCAGGUCCCUUUUCAUUCCCACCUGGCUCUGUGACCACCAGACACAAGGUCUGAGUGAGACUGGCUGGACCAUGUACAAAUCAUGAGUCACUUUUGCCCAUUUAGCCUCUAGAUAGCAAGCAGUAGUCAUCAUUCUCUCAUUCUACACCCAAGGCAGACAUUAAUAAUCAGAUCACCCUUUUCCCUAUGAGCCCAGAUGGAAGCUCAGAGUCCUUCCCAAGUAACACUCCAGACACAACUACUCAUCUAUCAGAGGCUAUGAGUCGAAGCUACUUGCCUCCCCAGCUGUAUUGGUCAGGAUCCUGAGAGGAAAGCACUUGACCUUCUUGCCAGGUGAACUCAAGCAAGUGCCUCAACUUAUCUGAGUCUCUGCUCUACUGGAGUGAUGCCAACCACAUGGUUGCUGUCUUGGGGAUGCAAUGGCAUAAUGGAUUUUAAGAUAAUUAAAUUUCAGGUCCAGUAGGCCUUUAAGAGAGCUGAGAGCAGUUUAGGUGUAAGGUUUCUAUCUCGGUGCUUGGCACAGAGUAGGUUCUCCCUAAAUGUGGGUGAAUCAUCCGGUUCUGGGUCCUGGGCUGGGGUCUCCAGGCUGACUUUGACCGUGGAGUCAAACGAAGAUGAAAAGAUGACUGCAAGCAGUUAUCGGUGGUUAAGCAUGUGGGUACGUGGCUGUCCUCUGCCCAUUUUAUGGCUGAGAAAAUUGAGUCUCAGAGAACUUCCUAGGCCCCCACAGGGUGAUAGCGGCAGCAGGACAUGGACUUGGGCCACGAUAAGAGAUGCAGAUACAGACGACACAAGGAGACACCAGAAAUCCCUGCCAUAGACUUGCUGGCGAUGGCCUGCACUGACCCUUGCCAGCUACACUCCUAAUUAUCCAUCCAUUCCUUCAUUCAGUCAUUCAGCAAAUAUGCAUUGAGAGCAAAGUAUGUGCCAGGCGAUGUUCUAGGCUCUGGGGCCACAUACGUGAACAUAAUAGGUGGAAAUGGUGCACCUCUUAGGGGCCGCGUUCUGCACGAGGGGUCAAAAACUAAACAAGAAACACACAGCAUGAUGGACAGUGAGCAAGUGCUGCGGGGAAAGAGCAAAAUCAGACGACGAGCGGCCCCAGGACAGGGAGGAAUGGGGCCAGGGAGCCAUUCAAACAGGAUGGUGAAGGCAGGAUCAUCGAGAAGAUGACUCUGAGCAAAGACUUGAAAGAGGAGAAGACGUGAGCCAUGCGGAAGGAAAAGUGUGUGAAGCAGAAGGAGAAGAAUGUGCAAAGGCCCUGAGGUGGGAACCCAUGUGGAAGGAUGCAUCCAGGUCAGCGUCACUGAAGUAGAGGAACAAGGGGGACCCUGAGGGCUGUGUGAGUCACCAUCCAGACUCGGGAAUUUGUCCUUUGAGACAGGUGAAGUCACUGGAGGAUUAGCUGCUGGGUCAAGGCUGGACCUUGAGGGGUGAGAGGGAAAGCCUUGAGGCCACUCAUACCAGCAUGUCUACAUGGAAAACUGUUUCAAGCCAUCCCUGGCUUUGGGAGUGACCUUUCCUUUCACCAGCCCUCCUCACCCCUAAGGGGAGACUUGAGACUUCAUCCCAUGAAUUCAGAGCAUCUGGGGCCUCUUCAUGGGCUUAAAACGGCAGCUGAUGAGGCAGGUGUGAGUUUCAGGCCUGGAUGAGAAUGCGGUGAUAAGAACACUUGCUUAAAUUAAGGCUUGACAAAGCCGCCCCAGUAGGGUUGGAUCCUGAUCCUGGGUCAGUGGGGCUGGCCUGGUGCCUUUGAGGGGCAGGAUGUGAGGAGUAAAGGCAGAGACUGAGCCCUCUCCUUGCCCCCAUGUGCUACAGCCCUCUGGGCCCGCCCACGGCUGGGUUGAGGACAGCCCAGAUCAUCAGCCAGGAUUCCCCCUGGAGCCUUGAAGCCGAGGGCUAUUCUUGGGAGGCAGCCACUGACCUGGCGGGCCGGAUGGGAAGUGUUGGGAGUCGGGGCAGGGCAGUGACCAGGGCAGCCACCUCAGGUCAGGCCUAUUCAUAACCUGGGCUCCAGCUGCCCAGGCCUGUAGCUGAGCGGAUUACGGCUGUGAGUCACUCCUGGACGCUCCAGUGUCUCCUAAGGCAAUGAAUCGGGAGGAGGGUCUUUUGUCCUCUUCUCACCCCUCGCCCCUCUCGACCCCAGGGAUCUGGCCUCCCGCUUAAUCUCCAGCUCAACGUCAUGUGCCUUUGCAAGUGGGAGAGCCCACGCUAUGGGGUCUUUUUCUUAUGCAAAGACUUGGCUGUUGCACUUGAAGGAGUUUUCAGGGUCUCCCGUGGGCACCUGACCUCAUCAGAGCUGAAAUAUCCCUUGUUCAGUCUUUGGCUCUUGUGAUUUCACCCUUGCCAGGCCCUGCAGGAGCGCUACGGUGUCCGCCAGUGCUGUGCUGACAGUGUUUAACGGACUGGCUCCAGGAGUAAAAGCCGCGAUUUAUGAUUUUUCCUAGUUUCUAUAGUGUAAACACUCCCUGCGCUGAUUUCAAUCUAUCACGUGACAGCAACCCACUGAAGAGAUGGAAAGCGAGGGCCCCAGUAGGCUCUCGCGAGAUGAUGAAAUUCGCUUGACAUCACCUCCCGCGGGGUCGGUAAACGAGAGCCACGAUGGGAUCUCACGAGACGGUGGGAGUGGGCGUGACGUCACCCCACGCUACGCACCUGGAAAGCUAGGGCCACAGUGUGCUCUCGCGAGAUGAUCGGAGUUGACGUCCUCUCGCACGGGGUUUUAAAGCAAGGGCUACGGUGGGGUCUCGCGAGAUGGGUUCUCCUCAGCGGGGUCUCGCGGGAUCCGUCUCAUCAACUCCCCGGAUGUGCUGCUCUCCCUGUGUGAGGAGAGAUUGCUUGGAAUGCUGUUCAGGCUGUUUUCUUACGGACAAGUUACGGACAACAGCUACUGACAGGCCAAAGGGGCCAUUGAAAACUCGUGAACCAUGUUUCUGUGCAUCACCUCAUGCGCUGCCUGUGUCCAUAAAGCUGCAUUCCGUGCUGCCUGGCAGAGAGCUCCAUCUCAUCUCAUCUCAUCUCACCUCACGGUCCUGGCACUGCCUCAGCAUGGCCAUCUCAUCACGCCUCGCCCUGUGGGAGCAGAAGAUUCGGGAAGAGGACAAGAGCCCUCCACCAUCCUCGCCUCCUCCCCUUUUCUCUGUCAUCCCAGGGGGCUUCAUUAGGCAGCUGGUCCGAGAGACUGAGAAAGAGUCCAAGGAAGCUAGACUGAGGAAAGAGGCAGCUCUUGCCUCUCCGGAACGAGAGAUCCCAGAGGUUUCUGCUGGCCAGCCCAGCACUGGCACCAAGCCUGGGAGCCAGAACGCCCAGUCAGGCUCUCCUCUGAGCACAGACGUUCUGGGCAGGAAGGGUGAGGAGGCCGGGACCAUGGACCCUGUGCUGAUGACCAUCAAUGGCGAGAAGCCCCAAGAAUCAGGCCCCAGUGGGACACCUGCCAAAAAAAGCCUGCCCUUCAAGAGAGGGGUGAGGAGGGGUGACGUGUUGUUGAUGGUGGCCAAGCUGGACCCGGACUCAGCCAAGCCAGAGCAGAGGACCCAGCCCCGCGAUGCCCCCACUUCCAAGACCCCACCCCCAGCCACGGAUCCUGGAGGGGGAAAAAAGGGGGACACCCCAGGGACUCCUCGUGGCCCCCAGGCCAGCACCACAGAUGCACCUCCGAAGGCUGAGAAGACGCAGACUGGGGGCCUUGGGGACCCAGGAACUGUGCUGCCGACGAAAGGGGAGCAGGAUCAAGGCACAGUGGGAAAAGGGGGCGAGGCCCCCCAGACCAACAAGGUGAAAAAGGCAGAGCUCCAGGGCAAAGAGGGGCUGGGUGAUGGGGGUCAACCAGGGACAGCGGAGAAGGGGGCAGGGGAUCCCCCAAACAAGGGGGCAAAGGGGGGUCUCUCCAAGGAUGUAGCAGGUGAAGGGAAGUGGGCUGGGGCCCAAGCCCCGGUGAGAAGGUGGGGAGGUUCCCUGGGCAGAAGGGGCAAGUGGGACAGUCCCCAGCGUAAGAAGGACAAAGAAGGUGCGCUCCUGAGUAAGGCAGACAAGACGGAGGAACCUCAGACCAAGGCAGAGAAGACUGGCAAAGUGCCAGGGAAGGCGGGGGAGGCUCCCAGAGCCAUGGACAAGGCAGGUGAGCCUCAGAGCAGGACUGGGAAGGCAGGGGAGCCCCAGGGCAAGAUGGAAAAGAUGAGGCCACCUCAAAGCACCUCUGGAGAGGCGGGUAAAGCCGGGGGUAAGGCAGAGAAGGAUGAUAAAGCCCCGAAGGAGGUGGAUGCACGUGGGGAUACCCCGAAAACAGCUGGUAAGGAGGACCAGCCUGAGAGCAGAGGACAGAAAGCAGAGGAGCCCCGCCCCAGAGCCGGGUGCCUGGAGCUGGAGCUGGGAGGACCUGGGCAGCCUGCUCUGGACGGCCACGAGGAGAAGUCUCAGAGGCUGACGGAGAGCCAGGAGGGGAGCAGAGGAGGCCAGAGCGGAGUCUCGGGGCAGGCUCCUGAAGACAGAUGGUAUGAGGCAGAGAAGGUCUGGCUGGUUCAGAAGGAUGGAUUCACUCUUGCAACGGUGCUGAAGCCAGACGAGGGAACUGCAGACCUGCCGGCAGGAAGGGUGCGACUGUGCAUCGAUGCCGACGGUAGCAUCACCGAGGUGGACGAGGAGCACCUUCACCGGGCCAACCCCCCGGAGCUGGACCAGGCUGAGGACCUGGCCUCCCUGGUCAGUGUCAACGAGUCCAGUGUCCUGAACACGCUUCUGCAGCGCUACCAGGCUCAGCUACAUCACACCCACGCUGGGCCCGACCUGAUCUUCCUCCAGCCCCAAGGGCUCAUGGCGCCCUCUGCUGGCAAGGUGCCCAGGAACCGCCGGGAUGGCCUGCCUGCCCACAUCAGCUCCCUGGCCCAGCGGGCGUACUGGGCUCUGCUAAGCCAGCGGAGAGACCAGAGCAUCGUGACCCUGGGCCGGAGUGGUGCUGGCAAGACCACCUGCUGUGAGCAGGUCCUGGAGCACCUGGUGGGGAUGGCGGGCAGCGUGGAUGGCAGGAUCUCAGUGGAGAAGAUUCGAGCGGCCUUCACUGUCCUCCGGGCCUUCGGCUCGGUGUCCACCGGCCACAGCCGCAGUGCCACUCGGUUCGCCAUGGUGAUGUCACUGGACUUUAACGCCACAGGCCGAGUCACGGCUGCCCAGCUCCAGACGAUGCUUUUGGAGAAGAGCCGCGUGGCCCGGCAGCCAGAAGGGGAAGGCAAUUUCGAGGUUUUCUCCCAGAUGCUAGCUGGGUUGGACCUGGAUCUCAGGACAGACCUGUACCUGCACCAGACGGCGGGCAGCAGCUCCUUUGGCAUGGGCCUGUGGCCUAAGCCUGAAGACAAGCAGAGGGCAGCGGCCGCCUUCACCCAGCUCCAGGGCGCCAUGGAGACGCUGGGCAUUUCAGACGGCGAGCAGAGGGCCAUUUGGCGGGUGCUGGCAGCCAUCUACCACCUGGGCGCAGCAGGGGCUUGCAAAGUGGGCCGGAAGCAGUUCAUGCGCUUUGAGUGGGCCAACCAUGCAGCAGAGGCCUUGGGCUGUGAGUAUGAGGAGCUGAACACGGCCACUUUCAAGCACCACUUGCGACAGAUCAUCGAGCAGGUGACGUCUCGGCCAAGCCGGCGGAGCCUGGAGGGUGAAGAAGCGAGCUCAGGGCUCAAGAUGACGGGCGUGGAGUGUGUGGAGGGCAUGGCCUCCGGCCUGUACCAAGAGGUCUUUGCCACCGUGGUCUCGCUCAUCAACAGAUCCUUCUCCUCCCACCACCUCUCCAUGGCCUCCAUUAUGGUGGUGGACUCUCCGGGCUUUCAGAACCCCCGGCACCAGGGCAGAGACCGGGCUGCCACCUUCGAGGAGCUGUGCCACAAUUACGUCCACGAGCGCCUGCAGCUGCUCUUCUACCAGCGGACCUUCGUCUCGGCGCUGGAGCGAUUCCGGGAGGAAGAUGUUCCUGUGCAGUUUGACCUCCCGGAGUCAUCCCCAGGGACCUCGGUGGCCGUGGUGGAUCAGACCCCCUCGCAGGUGCGCCUGCCAGCCGGAGGAGGUGCUGAGGAUGCCAGGGGCCUUUUCUGGAUCCUGGACGAGGAGGUCCGGGUGGAGGGCUCCCAGGACAGCAUGGUGCUCGAGCGCCUCUGUGCCGCCUCUGAGAAGAAAGGAGCUGGAGCUGAAGGAGCCUCUGCCCUCCGGACCUGUGAGCAGCCCCUCCAGUGCGAGAUCGCCCACCAGCUGGGACACGACCCUGUGCGCUAUGACCUCACGGGCUGGCUCCACAGGGCCAAACCCAACCUUUCAGCCCUGGACGCCCCCCAGGUCCUACAGCAUUCGAACAGGGAGGAGCUGAGGACCCUGUUCCAGUCCCGGGCCAAGCUGUCCCCCGUGUGCCGGGCCGUGGCCGGCCUGGAGGGCACCUCCCAGCAGGCCCAGCAGCGGAGCUGCGCAGUGAGGAGGACGUUCGCCAGCAGCCUGGCUGCGGUGAAGAGGAAAGCCCCCUGCUCCCAGAUCAAGCUGCAGAUGGACGCAUUGAUCAGCGUGAUCAGACGGUCUCAGUUACACUUCAUCCAUUGCCUGGUGCCGAGCGCAGCAGUGGAGAGCAGAGGCGUCCAGGGGUCUCCGACUCCACCACAGCCUGGUGGAGACAAGCCUGAGGCAGGCAGGUCCCUGCCCUUGGACAUCCCCGCACUGAGGGUGCAGCUCGCAGGAUCCUACAUCCUGGAGGCGCUGCGUCUGCACAGAGCAGGCUACGCUGACCACAUGGGGCUCACUCAGUUCCGCCGAAGAUUCCAGGUGCUGGACCCUGCGCUUGUGAAGGAGCUCAUAUCAGCCCCCGAAGGAGUGGAAGAGAGGAAGGCCGUGGCGCAGCUCCUGCAGACGCUGGACCUGGAGAAGAAGGCCGUGGCCGUGGGGCGCAGCCAGGUCUUCCUCAAGGCGGGCGUGGUGUCCAGGCUGGAGAAGCAGCGGGAGAAACUGGUGUCUCAGAGCAUCGUCCUGUUCCAGGCGGCCUGCAGGGGCUUUCUCUCUCGCCAGGGAUUCAAGAAGCUGAAGAUUCACCGGCUGGCCGCCCGGUGCAUCCAGAAGAACGUAGCUGUGUUCCUGGCAGUCAGGGACUGGCCGUGGUGGCGGCUCUUGGGUUCCCUUCGGCCCCUGCUGAGCGCCACCAUCGGGGAGGAGCAGCUCCGCACCAAGGAGGCGGAGCUUACAGCGCUGAGGCAGAAGCUAGAGAAGGCAGAGAAGUCUCGGAAUGAACUCCGGCAGAACGCAGACCUGCUGGAGAGCAAGAUCGCUGAGCUGACCACAGAGCUGGCAGAUGAGCGCUUCAAAGGGGACAUGGCCUGCCAGGUGCUGGAGAGUGAGCGGGCAGAGCGGCUGCGGGCCUCCCGGGAGGUCCAGGAGCUAAAGAACAAGUAUGAGCAAGUCCAGAAGAAUCUAGGAGAAGUGGAGAAGCGGUUGGAGGAAGCCCAGCAGAAAAUUCAGUUGAAUGAUUUGGAGAGGAGUCACACUGGAGGAGUGGACGAGUGGCAGAUGCGCCUCGACUGUGCUCAGAUGGAGAACGAGUUCCUCAGGAAGCGUCUCCAGCAGUCGGAGGAGAGGCUGGAGUUGGAGCUGGCGUCUAGGAAUGAGCUGGAGCAGAAGCUCGGGGAGCUGCAGAGGGCCUACGAGGGAGCCCAGAGGACAGCCCAGCAGCUCAAGAGGAAGUGCCACCUUCUGACCUGCGACCUGGAGGACACGCGCUUCCUGCUGGAGAGCCAGCAGAGCCGAAACCACGACUUGGAGAAGAAGCAGAAGAAGUUUGACACGCAGCUUGCCCAGGCCCUGGGAGAGUGCGUGUUUGAGAAGGGCCUCCGUGAGAAAGUGGCCCAGGAGAACACCAGCGUCCGGGGCGAGCUGGGAAAGCUUCAGCAGCUCUUGAAGCAAAAGGAGCAGGAAAGCUUGCAGCUGAAGCAGGAGGUGGAGAUGCUGCAGGCCCAGAAGCAGGAGCUGCUGAGGUCACCCUCUCUGGGGGAGAACUGCGUUGCGGGCUUGAAGGAGAGGCUCUGGAAGCUGGAAUCCAGUGCCCUCGAGCACGAGAAAGUCCAGAGCCAGCAGGAAAACACCAUCAAGCAGCUGGAGCAGCUCCGCCAGCGGUUUGAACUAGAGAUUGAACGGAUGAAGCAGAUGCACCAGAAGGACCGUGAGGACAAGGAGGAGGAGCUGGAGGACGUCCGCCAGUCCUGCCAGAGGCGGCUCCGCCAGCUGGAAAUGCAGCUGGAGCAAGAGUACGAAGAGAAGCAGAUGGUCCUCCACGAGAAGCAGGACCUGGAAGGCUUGAUCGGGACCCUCUGCGACCAGAUCGGCCAUCGGGACUUUGACGUGGAAAAGCGUCUUCGGAGGGACCUCAGGAGGACUCACGCGCUGUUGUCAGACGUGCAGCUCCUGCUGGGGACCAUGGAGGACGGCAAGACGUCGGUCAGCAAGGAGGAGCUGGAGAAAGUGCAGAGCCAGCUGGAGCAGAGUGAAGCCAAGUGUGAAGAUGCCUUGAAGACCCAGAAGGUGCUGACGACAGACCUGGAGAACAUGCACAGCGAGCUGGAGAGCAUGACCCGCAGCAAGAGCCUGGUGGACGAGCAGCUGUACCGGCUGCAGUUUGAGAGGGCGGACCUCCUGAAGCGCAUUGAUGAGGACCAGGACGAUCUGAACGAUCUCAUGCAGAAGCACAAGGACCUCAUUGCUCAGUCUGCUGCUGACAUUGGGCAGAUCCAGGAACUGCAGCUGCAGCUGGAGGAAGCCAGGAAGGAGAAGAACAAGCUUCAAGAACAACUGCAGGUGGCCCAGAUGCGCAUCGAGUACCUGGAACAGUCCACCGUGGACCGGGCCAUCGUCAGCAGGCAGGAGGCAGUCAUCUGCGACCUGGAGAACAAGACAGAGUUCCAGAAAGUGCAGAUCAAGAGAUUUGAGGUGCUGGUGAUCCGGCUUCGGGACAGCCUGAUCAAGAUGGGCGAGGAGCUCUCGCAGGCGGCCGCGGCCGAGUCCCAGCAGCGGGAGAACAGCCAGUACUACCAGCGGCGCCUGGAGGAGCUUAAGGCAGACAUGGAAGAGCUGGUGCAGCGGGAGGCCGAGGCCAGCCGGCGGUGCAUGGAGCUGGAUCCGUGUGCUGGUAUCUGGAGGGUCUUAGAAGGCCAGUUGGCAUCAUGCUCCUGCUCACAAGUCAUUUUCUGUUAAAGGAUCCGUGUGCUGGUAUCUGGAGGCUCUUAGAAGGCCAGUUGGCAUCAUGCUCUUGCUCACAAGUCAUUUUCUGUUAAAGGAUCCGUGUGCUGGUAUCUGGAGGGUCUUAGAAGGCCAGUUGGCAUCAUGCUCCUGCUCACAAGUCAUUUUCUGUUAAAGGAUCCGUGUGCUGGUAUCUGGAGGGUCUUAGAAGGCCAGUUGGCAUCAUGCUCCUGCUCACAAGUCAUUUUCUGUUAAAGGAUCCGUGUGCUGGUAUCUGGAGGGUCUUAGAAGGCCAGUUGGCAUCAUGCUCCUGCUCACAAGUCAUUUUCUGUGAGUAACCAUUGCCCUCUUCUAUUUUUAAAGUUCAAAUCUCCCUGAGAGGGAUAGUGAAUUUCUGAACUCCCUGAGCCAAGCAUUCAUUCAUUUGUUCCCUGAACACACAUUGAUUGGGUCACUCUGGGCUUUGGCUCUUUGCAGAUGUCAUCUUUUUAAAACAAAAAAGUUUAUGUAUUUGGUGCCUGCCAGAUCUCUGUUGCGAUGCACAGGACCUUUAGUUGAGGCAAGCAAAGUCUUAGUUGCAGCAGGUGGGAUCUAGUUCCCUGACCAGGGAUCAAACCCCGGCCCCCCUGCAUUGCAGCCGCAGAGUCUUAGUCACUGCAUGGCCAGGGAAGUCCCAGAUGUCACCUUCUUUCAUGCUUCUAUCGCCCCAGCAGGUGUGGACGUGCAGUGCAACCCCAGGGCCGCACAGUCGGGUGGCAGAGCUGGGGUCAGCUUCCCUGCGUGUCCAGCUCAAAGCUCUCACUGGGACAGCACGCUGCCCUCCCAGCCCACCCCUGCUGAGAGAUAGUCUCUCUGCUGCAGGAGACCCCACAAAGGAACCCGCAUCCUGGGCCGUGGCGAGAAGCGGGAAGGAUGUUGAUGGCCCUGCCCUCGCGUUCCUUCCCGCCUGUCCCAGCCUGUCCCAUUUGUCACUGCCGGUGUUGGUUUAAAGGGCCGUGAGUUGUUUUGUGUGAAUGAUUUACACCCCGGGCUGGUGCACCGGCACGUCCAGAUCAGGAUCAAUUACCCCGCCAAUGGAAGUUCUCUUCCCAGAAAAAAGAAAAAUGAGGUUUUGCCAUUAAUUUUCGUAAAUGUACUAUUCCUGGCGACUCCAGGAGCCGUUAUGGAAAAAAGAAUAUUCUGGCUCUAAAUCAUUCAAGUCCCUUUGUCAUUGGGGCGGCGAGACAGCUCAUCUGUGGAUUUAUGUCCUGUUGUUUUUCCAUAGUUAACAGAGCUCGGGUGAAACCACCUCAGCUCCAGGACAGUGUAGCCAAGGGAGGUCAAGGGCAACCGAAAGAACUGAGGGUGAGUUGAAGGCCAGGCCUCUGCUGGCUUCCAGCCAGACGCAUCGGCUUUGAAGGCUGCGCCUGUCGGGUUUACCCUUCAUUGCUUGGGUCUGACUCUGUAGUCUUAACUUUCCCUUGAACCUCGGGCUCUUUUACGAGCUGGCACCUCUGCUUACUCUUAGCUCAUCCCCCAGUGACCCAAGCUAGAAAUCACAAUGGCCCUUCUCUCUCCGGCUCACACAGAUUAAUGGCCACGCCUGCUGAUUUUAUCCUGUUGAGGUAGUCUUCAAAUCCACCCACUCAUGUUUCAACCCCCUGUCCUCUGUCUUUAUUUUAAUCUGCACCCCCCUGGACUAGGCCUGGACUAGGCCUUGUAUCUUGGCUCCCCACUGUUUCUGUAUGCUUGCUCCUCCCUGCAGAUCCUUCUAGAAGGGGCACAUCUUUACUCUGUUACUCUCCUGCUAAGAAAUCUUCCAUGGCUCUCCUCCACUGCCUUCAGAACAGAGCCCCAGCUUCUUCCUAGAGGUCGAGCCUCUGUAGGUUUCUCUGCCUUUGGUUGUCGGCCUCUUAUCACCUCGCAUGAUCUACUCGAGCAUGAAGGCCCAGCGCUCUUGCCCCUAUGUCAGGUUAUUUCUUGACUCAUCACCUUUGUUCUCCUGCGUCCCUCUGCCUGCCUCCUCAACCUUUCAGAUUCCGAUCAGGGCUCACUGCCAGGAAGCCCUCAUGGUUAUGUAACUCCUCUGUGUUCCCACAUGGCCUUGUGUUCACCCCAUUUACAUAGGUUAUUAUGAUUGCCUGUGUUCUUGUCUUCCUAGACUGGGAGUCUCUAAGAUAAGGGGUGGGUUUAUUCAACUCUUGGUCUCCAGUUCAGGGUCAGGCACAGGAUAGAUCCUCAGAAAUUGUUUGCUGAGUGGUUUCCACAGCAUUUUGAAGUUUUACCUUUUAAGAGAACAGCUCAAAAAUUAUCUUUAAAGUUGGAACUUUCAGAUCAACACACUUUGGUUUGUGUCCUGCUACAUGGCUGUGCCAUCUCCCUGAUGUUCUGGGAGGUGCAGACAUGGAUGGACCAGGGCCUAUGCUUCUGGAGUUCUCAGGAUCCAGAGGAGAUUCAUGUGUCUCUGAAUAUUUCUGAUACAGGCUGGGAUAUGCAAGCGAAAAAGAGGAAGUGGUUUGGUAGAACCAGGAGACCUGGAGAAGUUUGCCUAGAAGAUGUACCAUCUGAACAUCUUAAAUGAUGAAUCAGAGUAGGCUGGAAGCUUUGGGGUGCUGUGUAUAGUUGCUCAGUCAUGUCCAACAUGUUGCAACCCCAUGGACUAUAGCCCGCCAGGCACCUCUGUUCAUGGGGAUUCUUCAGGUAAGAAUACUGGAGUGGCUUGCCAUGCCCUCCUCCAGGGGAUCCUCCUGACCAGUUCUCACUGGUCUGGCUGUGGACAUGGAGUCUCUCUUUCUCUCUCAUUUCCUCACACAAUUGUUCUGGCUCAUCUUGGGGAGGAGGAUCUGCAUUAGUUUCUCAGAGCUGCCAUAACGGAUUAAAAAAAACUGGUUGUUUUAAGACAGAGAUGUGUCCUUGCAUGGUCCCAGGGGCCGGAAGUCUGAGAGCAAGGUGUCAGCACGCCCACUCCCUCUGCAGGCUCUGGGGAAGAUUCUUUCCUUCUUCCAGCUUCUGGGGGCUCCAGGCGUUCCAUCUCACUCCCCAUCUUCACAUGGUCUUCGUCUCUUCCCCAUCUCUGUGUCCUCUCUUCUCCUAAGGACACUGGGCCUCCGAUUUAAAGCUCCCCUAAUCUAGUAUGACCUUGUCUUAACCACAUCUGCAAAGACCCUAUUUCCAAAAAGGUUAUAGUCUCAGGUUCCAAGUGGAUAUGAUUUUUGGAGAGGACACCUCAGCUCACUACAGGGUGGUGGAAAGAUCACUGGACUCAAAGUAUGAGACUGCGGUGGCUAAGUGAACACUGCAGAACCUCAGUUUCCCCUUCUGUAAAAUGGGAGCAAGAUACAGCUGAUCUCAUUGGGUGGCUGUGAGGAUGAACUGAGAUGGUGUGUGUAGAAGUGCCCAAUGAUAGCACACAGUAGGCACUUAAUAGAUGCUACUGUGUUUUCUUUCUCUUUUCUUUUCAUUCCUAUGAUGACUCUGUCUUCGUCCACCCAGACAACAUCCUAAGUCCACCAGCUCCGUGUGCGCAUCCCGCCCCGCACCCAUGAUGGCUGGGGGCCGUGUUGAUGAGAGCUAGGACUUUACAGCUUACUGUGUGCUGGGCAUUGGGGUAAGGGCUUUACUUGAGACCUGUCCUUUAAGCCUCACCCUUGGACGUCAUUGUCCCUCUUUUACCAAUAAAGAAACCAAGAUCAGAGAACUGGAGCAACCGCUCCAAGGUCCACACCCCAGUCAACUGGCUGAGAUAGAAUCUGGACACAGGUCUGCACUGGCUCAAACCCAUUCUGUUCUUUGGAAGAUUUAGACACAUGUUAUUUAAUCAUUCAAGUACAUUUUUUGCAAAUGAGUUAUAAAAAUGAAUAUUGCUUUUGAUUCUGUAAUCUAGGGUUUCUCAGUCUUGACAUUACUGACAUUUUGGGUCUAAUAACUGAUAUGCUGGCUGUCCUGUGCCUUGUUGGAUAUUUAGCAGUAUCCCUGGCCUCUGCCCAGCACAUGCAAGUAGCCCCACCUCAGGUCAUCACAAAAAUACCUCCAGACCUUGCCAGCUGUCCCCUGGGGAACAGAGUCACUCUGUUAAUAAUCACCGCUCUAAUCCCAUCCUCCCAGAAGCCCUAAGUAACGCCUACAGUACCGCCCACUUGAU